CUCUAGCUGCGCCUGGGGAUCCCGCACCGCUUUCCCCCCCCCUUCCUCCUUUGUCUGCGGUGCUAUGAGGAGGUCUACGAUGAUAAAUGGACUUAUUCUUCCUGUACUAAUCAUGAUGUUUUUCCCUUCAACCAGCAUGGGAGACGAUGAGCUGAAACUGAACAUGGAGUAUUUUGAAUGUGUGUGUGAAGGCAUGUCCUGUGGGAAUGGUGACCGCUGCAGAGGCCAUCGGUGCUUUGCCUCCUUGAGCAUCAAUAAUGGCGCCAAAGUGUACCAGAAGGGUUGCUUCCAAGUCUACGAACAGGGGAAAAUGACCUGCAACACACCUCCAUCUCUUGAUCAAGCUGUCCAGUGCUGUGAGGGAUACCUCUGUAACAUAAAUAUCACAGCACAGCUGCCAGCAAAAGGGCAACGUAAAGCGGUGGGAUACCCCAAGGAAAUGCUCAUCGUUUUUAUACUGGCUCCAGUUAUAGUGCUGAUGAUAUUUUCAGCCUUAGCUGUGCUGAUCAUCCGAAAAGUGCAGCAGCACAAUAUGGAAAGGCUCAACUCAAGAGAUGCAGAGUAUGGAACGAUAGAAGGACUCAUCGCUUCAAACGUCGGUGACAGCACACUGGCAGACUUACUGGACCAUUCCUGUACCUCCGGGAGUGGCUCUGGUCUUCCCUUCCUCGUACAAAGAACAGUUGCUCGCCAGAUUACACUGUUGGAGUGUGUGGGGAAAGGUCGAUAUGGAGAGGUCUGGAGAGGACAAUGGCAAGGGGAAAGCGUUGCUGUAAAGAUCUUUUCUUCCCGAGAUGAAAAGUCCUGGUUCAGGGAAACAGAAUUGUAUAAUACAGUGUUACUGAGGCAUGAAAACAUUUUAGGCUUCAUUGCCUCGGACAUGACUUCCAGGCAUUCCAGCACUCAGUUGUGGCUAAUCACACACUACCACGAGAUGGGCUCUUUGUACGACUAUCUCCAGCUAACCACACUGGACACAGUCAGUUGCCUCCGAAUAGUCUUGUCUAUUGCUAGUGGCCUUGCACAUUUGCACAUAGAGAUAUUUGGGACCCAAGGAAAACCGGCCAUUGCGCACCGAGACUUGAAGAGUAAGAAUAUCCUGGUUAAGAAGAACGGACAGUGCUGCAUAGCAGAUUUAGGUCUUGCGGUCAUGCACUCUCAAAGCACUAAUCAGCUGGAUGUGGGGAACAACCCCCGCGUUGGCACCAAGCGCUACAUGGCCCCAGAAGUCUUAGAUGAAACCAUCCAAGUGGACUGUUUUGACUCCUACAAAAGGGUUGAUAUUUGGGCAUUUGGACUGGUCCUUUGGGAAGUCGCCAGGCGCAUGCUGAGCAAUGGCAUUGUUGAAGACUACAAACCUCCUUUUUAUGAUGUUGUUCCUAAUGACCCCAGUUUUGAAGACAUGAGAAAAGUAGUCUGUGUGGAUCAGCAAAGGCCAAACAUUCCAAACAGAUGGUUUUCUGACCCUACGUUAAUGUCCCUUGCCAAGUUGAUGAAAGAAUGCUGGUAUCACAAUCCGUCGGCAAGAUUAACAGCUUUGCGUAUAAAAAAGACCUUGACCAAAAUUGAUAAUUCCUUAGAUAAAAUCAAAGCUGACUGUUGAUAAUGAACACACUUGAUGCUGGAAAGACACGACGUUUGCUGUCCAGCACAGGGAAACAACUGGGUGAAUUCUAAGACUCGGUCCCAAGUGGCUUCAUAGAUAGGCAGAAAUCAUUUUACCUGACCCAGCUGUUUGAGAGGAAAUGGAACCGUUUGAGCCUUAACUGGUGACACUCAUAUCAUUUUACAAAUGGCCAAUCUUUAAAGACUUAAGCUGGAUCUAUGGUGGCCUAUGGAAGGAAGACACAGAAAUCCUAAGACAAGAUUGGGGCAUUAAAACCAUGGCUUUUAAUAGCAUUUUUUAAAUUUUGGAAUAAUGAAACGAACAAGUCAGUUGUCUCCUUGUGGCUCCCGAGCUCAACAAAUGGACACAGUCAAUUAUGAUCGGCAAUAUUGCCUGUGCGUCUCUUUUUUAUUGCACUAGGGAUUCUUUACAUUCUUUACUUGCACUGUUACUGUUAAUUUUUAAAGACAUGACUUGCCAAAAAAGUUAAGAUUGGCUUAUGUAUUCAUCAGUCUGUGUUUAUGAAUUAGGAGGAAAUCAAUUGGGGAAAUUGAAUCUGUAACUGACAUCUUUUUUU